CCACAGUUGUGUCACUCGUAUCAUGAAUUGUGUCUCACGUGUCGAUAAAUUAAGACUUUUCAAAGAGUUAGUCAAGUAUUCAAAUGAGUUGAUAUACACCGACAGACACUUCUACUUGAAUCGAGUUCGUCAAGAGUUUCGUAAACACAGAGAGUUGACCGCCGAGGAAGACAUCCACUUCUUUUAUCGGAAAGGCAUUGAAUUUCUCAAUAAAAAGCGUUUAAUUUAAUCAAACCGUUAGUUUGUCUGAAGUGUUGUUUUCGUUGUCAUUAUCUUUACUUUUGGAUGCGUUUGUCCGUCAAAUGGACUCAUUUUUGGCGCAAUAAAUGUCAACAAUUAUCACAAGAAUCGCCGCAAAUUGUCGUCUCAUUGAAUUGAAUGCACCGUUAAGUCACAUAAUAUCCCCGUUUUCGACGUCGAAGUUGUCGUUCAAACCAUCAAAAGUGGACAAAUCGAGAGUUCCGGUCAUCAAUGAGAAGGAGCUGAAGGAGGAGUUCAUUCACGGCAGUGGACCCGGAGGUCAGAACGUCAACAAACUCUCCAAU